AUGGCUGCCUCCACCCUGUCAGUCUGCUCCAGCGACCUGCGCUAUGGCAGCCGCAUCUGCCUGCCUGGUUCCAGUGACUCUUGCAUCGACUCCUGCCAGGUGGACGACUGUCCAGAGAGCUGCUGUGAGCCCUCCUGCUGUGCCCCCAGCUGCUGCCAGUCCACCUGCUGUGCCCCCAUGAGCUGUGUGUCCAGCCCCUGCUGCCAGGUGGCCUGUGGGCCCAGCCCCUGCCAAUCAGCCUGCACCAGCUCCUGCACACCCUUGUGCUGCCAGCAAUCUAGCUGCCAGCCCUCCUGCUGCACCUCCUCCCCCUGCCAACAGGACUGCUGUGUGCCUGUCUGCUGCAAGCCUGUCUGCUGCACACCUGUCUGCUGCACUCCUGUCUGCUGCAAGCCUGUCUGCUGCACACCUGUCUGCUGUAAGCCUGUCUGCUGCAAGCCCGUGUGCUGUGUGCCUAUCUGCUCUGGGGCUGCCCCCUGCCCAGCCCCCUCCUGCUGCCAGCCCACCCCCUGCCCCUCGUCCUGCUGCAGACCCUCCUCCUCUGUGUCCCUCAUCUGCCGCCCUGUGUGCAGACCUGCCUGCUGUGUGCCCAUCUCCUCCUGCUGUGCCCCCUCCUGCUGCUAG